AUCGCAAUAAUAGACGAUCUUUGCUGUUAGCCUUGUCAACAUACGAGAAGGCUGCCACUGCUAGCUUCUAGUUUAGCGUAAAACUGGCUAACAAACGUUUGAAAUACGCGUCUGCUCGAUUGUCAACGUGAAGAAGAUGAAGAGAGAAACGAGCUGAUCGCAAUGAACACCUGAUGUUUUGUGACAGAAUGAUGGAGGAAUAAAAACUCACGGAUGGAAACCCCGAGGAGGGGCUCUGGGGAUGACAGUGAAGGAGAGAGAGGCCUGCUUCACACCUGGAAGGGCUACUCUUACAGCUUAGCUCCUGAGCGACUGCUGCUUCCCCAGUCUGUUCUCCAGGUGGCUGUGGGCAGGCGUCAUGUCGUUUUGUUGGUGGAAGGGGGUCAGGUGUUCACUUUCGGAUCCUUGCCAUGGAAGCAGAGCCAAACGCCAGAGUUUACAUCUCCUACCUUGGAGAGCGCGCUCAGUGGGCAGCGAGUUGUCGCUGUGGCUGCUGGAAGCUUCCACAGUGGGGUGGUGACAGAGGAUGGCGGCGUGCACAUGUGGGGUGACAACAGCGUGGGGCAGUGUGGUUUGUUGGGUCUCAGCUCCGUCCCCAACCCCACUCCGAUCGCUCUGGUGGACUCGGAGUGCGGCCCCUUGCAGCAGACUGUACCGGUGCUGGAGCUGGCCUGUGGGGAGCAGCACACUCUGGCGCUCUCAGCCAAACGGGAAGUGUGGGCUUGGGGAAGCGGUCCCCAGCUGGGCCUCAAUGCCAGCGUUUUUCCCGUCUGGAAGCCGCAAAAGGUGGAGCACCUGGCUGGCAGGUUUGUACUUCAGGUGGCCUGCGGCGCUUCGCACAGCCUGGUUUUGGUGCGCUGCCUGAGCGCUCAGGAUGUCCAGCGCCCCCCCGCUGACAAAUGUGGGCAGUGUAAGCAGCUGCUGUACACCAUGACGGACAAAGAGGAUCACGUCAUCAUCUCUGACAGUCACUACUGCCCACCUGGAUUAGAAGAUGAGGGGAAGCUUGAGGCAUCCUUGCCGACUCCUUUACUCAAGACUUCUCCGUCCGAACCCAUUCUUUCUACCCAAACCCCUGCUUCACUUCCUCAAGCACCUGCCUCUCCAGCAACUGAAGAGUCAUCUUCAGCUGAGGAGGGGCUGCCCACAGUAAACUAUGACCUCCCUGAGGCGACAAGUGCCAAAUGUGUACCUUAUCCAGAUGAGAAGGCAGUCAAAGAUUACCUGCAAAACCUCUUAGAUAACACUCAGGCGGAAAAAACACAAAAGGUGACCACGGGAGGACUGCACACCUUACUGCCAUCUGCCUCCGGACUCAGCACCUCUUCCAACAACGCCCUCAACAAUCUGGUGGCGUCGUGCGCUUCGGCAGUGGGCGAGAGGGUCACCUCCACCUACGAAGCUUUGUCCCUCAAAAAAAUGCUCAACCUCUACCUUCCUGGAACGUCGAGGUCGGGCGGGCCGGUCAGGUUAACCGGGGUGGGUGAGAGCACCCCCGAGCGUGUGCGCCAGGAAGACUCUGCGCAGGCCAAGAAGAGCUCCAGCACAGGAGAUAUCCGCGAAGAGGAGGCGGAGCUCACGAAACGCCGCCUCUCACUCCCGGGACUCCUCUCACAGGGUAGAUACGCUGUUCACCUCUUAUCCUCCUCCUAUGCACUGCUGUUGUCGCCAAGGCUGCUUUGUAAAGUCGGUCGUUCCAAGAUGGCCGCCGUGGCUCUUACACCGUUGGGCGUGUCAGCCCCUGAGGCCCAGGAGGUGCUGCCCACCCUGCAAACAGAAGUGUGGAGCUGGGGCCAGGGCGACCAAGGUCAGCUCGGCCAUGGAGACAACCUGGACAGAUCACAGCCGCUCUGCAUCAAAAGUCUCAACAACAAGGAGGUGGUACGAGUGGCAGCCGGCGCUCAUCAUUCCCUUGCUCUGACUGCGCAGUCGCAGCUGUUCUCGUGGGGCAGUAACAGCCAUGGUCAGCUGGGCCAUAUGGAAUCCCCCAGCACCGUCCCUCGCCAAGCCAAGCUGUCAGAGGGCAUCCGGGUUUGGGACGCAAGUGCCGGAGAGCGACACAGCCUCCUGCUGGCUGAUGGAGACUGCGUCCAGCCCAUCAUAUAUUACAGUGGAGAGCAGGUGAAGGGGAACACAGAGGAGACUGGCACACAGGAAGAGGGGGUGGAGCCAUCCGAGGGCUACACCCAGCAGCCCGUGCUGCUUCCCUUCUGCAUGAACUUGGGAUUUGUAAGUGCCGUCUUUGCCGGCGGCCGACGGUGCGCUGCGCUGUCGGACAAGAAUGUGAUGGGUUUUAUCGCCGGCCUCCAUGAGCUGGCAUCGGCGGAGAGGAAGUUCUACUGCAAACUGUGCAACAUCAAGACACAGGUCUUACGCCCCCUACUUGAGUUUGAAUUUCUGAGUGCUGCCCUCGGUCCGGUCAACUUUGGGCUCCUACAGACGUUCGCCAGUCGAUUCUGGCACUUGUGUCACCUGACUGGGCGGCAUGCUGUCAGAUUGACCGCCGGCCUGCGACACAGCCGCAAUGUUAAAAGCCUGCCUAUCCUUGAGCACCCCGCCAUCUUUCUGGACUCUUACACAGAGUACUGUAGCACUUUGGCAGACUUCCAGGUGAUGGGAGGCUUCCUGACCAUGACUAAACCCUUGCUAGAUUUUUUUGGAAAGAGUCCUGAGCUGCUCCAGAGGUUGGCUGAGUGCAGUGAGGAAAACCUUGCCGUGGCAGACAUCUUGGUGGCGCUCUUCUGCCUCCCCAUACAUCAUCCUCAGGAGUAUGGGCGACUGCUGCUCAAACUGGCCACUUGCUUUGAAGUGUGCUCCAACGAUUACCAGCGACUGCAGGACAGCAGCUCUAAGUUUGAAGCUUUGGCUCUUCUGCUGAAGAAGAGAAUAAAGGAAGCCGAGUACACUUUUCUCUUCUGGAAAAGCUUCCCAGGCAAGAUGACGGACUCGCUGCGGAAGCCUCACCGCCGUCUCAUCUGUGAAAGUAGCAACAAAGCUCUGACGCUGCAGAACUCGGGGAGGUUCUCAGUCAACUGGUUCAUCCUCUUUAAUGACGCUCUCGUCCAUGCCCAGGGUGUGGCGCCUUAUAAAAACCUUUUCUCCACGCAUCAUGUGUUCUCCUUGGCCACGCUGUGGGUGGAGCCAUUUUCAGAGGACAACACCGGCCUCUAUGGGCUGAAAGUCACCACACCAGAAGAGAUGUUCACCCUGCUGGCCAGCUCCCCUACGGAGAAGACCAAGUGGAUCCACUGCAUCAACCAGGCGGUUGAUCAAGCCCUGGACUUAGGUGAGGGACAAAAGUUUGAGCCCCCCAUCUCUCGGAGCGCCACCUACACGUUUUACAAGGACGGCCGGCUGAAAGAAGCAACCUACGAGGGCCGCUGGCUUGCCGGCAAGCCCCACGGCAGGGGUGUGUUAAAGUGGCCCGAUGGGAGGAUUUACACGGGGUCAUUCAAGAACGGGCUGGAGGAUGGUUUCGGCGAAUUUGUGGCUCCGAAUAAGACCCUGAAUAAGAAGGAUCACUAUCAAGGUCACUGGAAGGAUGGCAAAAUGCAUGGAGUGGGGACGUACAGAUAUGCCAAUGGCGAAAUCUAUGACGGUUCCUUCCAGGACGGUUUGCGUCACGGCCACGGGAUGCUGCGCAGCGGCAAGCUCAACACCUCCUCCCCCAGCGUCUUCAUUGGCCAGUGGGCGCACGACAAGAAGACCGGCUACGGCGUCUUUGACAACAUCACUAAAGGGGAGAAAUACAUUGGCAUGUGGCAGGACAACCAGCGACAAGGCACCGGGAUUGUGGUCACACAGUUUGGGCUUUACUACGAAGGAUCCUUCAAAGACAAUAAGAUGAUGGGCACUGGGAUCCUGCUGUCAGAGGAUGACACAACAUAUGAGGGAGAGUUCUCUGAUGACUGGACCCUCAAUGGCAAGGGAGUGCUGACGAUGGCGAAUGGCGACUACCUGGAGGGCUCCUUCAGUGGCGAAUGGGGCACCGGCCCAAAAGUGACCGGCUCCUACUUCAAGCCACAACUAACUGAUAACGACACGGAGAAAACACGUCCGGUGAAGCUGGGGCGUCUGUGUGUGUGCGCCGAGGAGAAGUGGCAGGCGGUGUUUGACGAGUGUUGGACUCAGCUGGGCUGCGAUGCCGCUGGCCAGGGAGAGAAUUGGAAGGCGUGGGAGAACAUCGCAGUGGCGCUCACUACAAGCCGGCGCCACAUCCAGGACAGUCCGGAGCUGCUGUCUCAGAGUCACAACAGAACUCUGGAGAGUCUGGAGGUCAUCCCUCAACAUGUAGGCCCCAUCACCAUGGAGCGAUAUCACGCUGUUCGUCUUUACCUCAUCAAGGCAUGUGACACCUCGCUGCACCCACUCGGCCGGCUCGUAGAGGCCUUGGUGGCAGUCUACAGGAUGACGUACGUCGGCGUCGGAGCCAACCGCCGGCUCCUACCGCAGGCUGUCAGCGAGAUCAAAACUUACCUCAACCGUAUCUUCCAGAUCAUCAGGUUCCUGUUCCCAGACCUGCCAGAAGAGGGCGGUGUCAUUCGAGAGCCCAAUGCUGACCUCCAGGGCGGGAAGGACUCGUGCUUGAAACUGGAAAGCUCACCUAAGCAUGAAAUCCCAAUGGAGAACACGAUGAUAGACCAGUCGUCUUUCCUCCUCAGCCACGUGGUGAGCAGCUCGGCUCUGCUGCUUCCUGUCUUGUUGCCCCGCCUCUAUCCUCCGCUCUUCACGCUCUACGCUCUGGACAAGGAGCGAGAGGACGACGUCUACUGGGAGUGCGUCCUCCGUCUCAACAAGCAGCCUGACCUGGCUCUUCUGGCCUUUCUGGGCGUCCAGCAGAAGUUCUGGCCCGUUUCCAUCUACAUGGCACCAGCACCAGCAAAGAAGCAAGAGGUUCUGUCCAGCACCAAGGACGCCUGCUUUGCCUCAGCAGUGGAAACUCUGCAGCAGAUCAGCACAACAUUCACGCCAUCCGACAAGUUGCAGGUGAUCCAGCUGACCUUCGAGGAGAUCACCAAGGAAGUGCAGUCACUGCUGAGGCAGGAUUUCCUGUGGUCAAUGGACGACCUCUUCCCUGUUUUUCUCUACGUGGUGCUGCGUGCUCGAAUCAGGAACCUCGGCUCAGAAGUAAACCUGAUUGAAGACUUGAUGGACCCAAGUGUCCAGCAUGGAGAGCAUGGAAUUAUGUUCACCACUCUGAAGGCCUGUUACUACCAGAUUCAGCACGAGAAGAUCACAUAACGCAGCAGGCGUCGCUGUUUCUCCCACAACACCCCAUCGCGGAGGCUGUUUUAGACUGACACGCAUACACGGCCGCCAAUGGGGCGCCAGGGAUCAGCCGACGUCAUCGAGCAUUACAUCUGCCGCCGACGCGGGCACACCCCCAUCCCCGGCCACACCGAGCAGCUGCCGUGAGUGUCGUUACUGGCACGGAUGCGCCGUUCCGUAUUGCGAACUGAGUGCGACACUUGCCUUUUUCUUUGUGCCAACAGACUUCAUUUUACCUCCUGGCUUCAUUUUCAGCCCAUCAAAAAAUUCACCAAAACUAUUAUCACCAACAACAAUCAUCAAAACAAUUAUGCACAGGGUGUGUCGACAGGGUUAUCCUUGAUAGUUAAUGAAUGAAUGAAUAAAACAAACAGGGAAUCAGUACACCUUUAGCUACAUAAAAAUGGAACCAAACUUUACUUUAGAGCAGUGGUUCUCAAUUAUUUUCUCUCAUGCCCUUCCACCCCUUGGGGACAGACAUGUUUUCACGCCCCUCCUGAUUUGAAGUGCUAUUGAGAACCUGAUAUUUAUUGAUUAAUCUGUACAAACCACUGUAUGUGUUGCUGGCACCAGCAUCGUUCAAGCAUGAAUAAAGACACUAAUACACCUGCCAACCUUAAAGAAAUGUUAUGUUUAGUCCCCGCUGUCUCUCACGGCCGUCUCCCCCAACACUUCACCGUACCCUCCCCACUAUUUGAGAAGCACUGCUUUAGAGGAUAGAGGAAGUUGACUCACCUGCACCAAACCUAAACACUGUUCAAGCUUUGUUUACUGAUGUUUCCUUGCUCUUAUUAAUGUUUUGUCAGGGUGUGAUUUGCAUCUCCUGUUGUCAUGUUCUCAAAGGGCUUUAGAGGAUUUCUAACCCCUUUUUGUCUUCUCUGAUCAUUUCAUAGUUCAAGUGAACAUCUUUGAUUGCCACCGACUCAAUCUCAAUUUUUAAAACUAAUUUAACAUUUUUUCCAACUGUCAUGUCACUUUUUUUUUUUUACAUGAUUUCCACCGACACUCAUUUAAUGUUUUUUCAACACUAAUUUCACGUUUUUUUGACUCUCAUGUAGGCCUGUCACGAUAACAAAUUUUGCUCGUCAAUGAUUGUCCUACAAAUUAUUGUCGAUAUUGGAUAUUAUCGACCUUUUGGGAGACGUUUUAUGUGAGUACGUCGUAUCAAAAGCAAAUUUCAGAUUUUUUCUUAUGAUUGACACAGGCUCUGUAUCCACUCACUAGUCGCCCCGCCUCCACAAAAAGGCUGUUCAUUCCACUAUAGAACCAAUGCGCACAGACAUGCCGAGUGAACUCUUUUUUCAUCCAGCCUCUGUGGUUUAGAGAGACGAGGAAAUGAAACACAAAUGCGCAUGUCAAUUUAUUGAGGCUGGCAUAAUUAUUGACCUCUAUUUUUUAUCGUUCGAUUUAUCGAUUAUCGUAAUAGGCCUACUGUCAUGCCACAGUUUUUGUCACGAUUGGCACCAACACUCAUUUCACGUGUUUUUGACACUCAUUUCACAUUUUUUGUCAUGAUUGGAAGCGAAGCUCAUUUCACAUUUUUUCGACACUCAUUUCACGUUUUUUUUUUUACUCUCAUGUCACAGUUUUCCUCAUGAUUGACAUCGACACUCAUAUCACAGUUUUUGUCAUGAUUGGCGCCGACAGUCAUUUCACAUUUUUCCGACACUCAUCUUACAUUUUUUUUAAACUUAUUUCGCAUUUUUUCUCAUGACUGACACCGACAAUCAUACCACUUUUUUUAGCAUUUUUGUCAGUUUACCGAGGCCGGCAUAAUUAUAGACUUUGUUUUUCUUUAUCGCUCGAUUAAUCGAUUUAUUGAUUAUUGUGACAGGCCUACUGUCAUGUCACAGUUUUUGUCCUGAUUGCCACCAACACUCAUUUCACACGUUUUUAACAUUCAUUUCACAUUUUUUGUCAUGAUUGGCACCGGCACUCAUGUUACAUUUUUUUCAAACUUAUUUCAUAUUUUUUUCUCAUGAUUGAAACCGACACUCAUACGACUUUUUUAUCAUUUUUGUCAGUUUAUCGAGGCCGGCAUAAUACAUCAUAAUGCAGUUUUUGUCAUGACUGACACUUAUUUCACAUUUUUUUCUUAUGAUUGCCACCGACACUCAUUUCUUUCAACACUCAUUCACGUUGUUUUGACUCUCAUGUCACAGUUUUUGUCAUGAUUGGCACAGACACUCAUUUCACGUUUUUCUUUCAACAAUCAUUCAGGUUUUUCGACUCUCAUGUCACAGUUUUUGUCAUGAUUGGCACAGACACUCAUUUCACACGUUUUCGACACUCAUUUCACAUUUUUUCAACACUCAAUUUCCACGUUUUUUGACUCUCGUGUGACAGUUUUUGUCAUGAUUGCCACCAACACUCACUUCACAUAUUUUCUCAUCUUAUCAGUAUGGACUGGCGCAUAGUUAAGAUAUAACGCUGGUGUGAAGUUUCACCAGUGCUGUGGUGAAUAUGACUUUAAGGUUUGUUGCUGCUAAACUUAAAUGGAUUUGUUAAUGAAGCAGAAUGUUCCCCAUGGAAACUGAGGCUAUGUGACAUUAAUUCAUUAAUUCUGUCAGUAUUUUGUUGCUGCAUCCAUGUGCAACACUUGUUGCCGUGUAAGACAUGACAAAAGGCAAAGCAUUAAACAGAACUGAUGUUUUGUC